GUAUGCACGAUUUACAAUGGUCUGUAUCCCACCAGGAAACUAAAAAAGAAGAAGAAGAAGAAAUCCGCGCAUCAGCAUCCAGUCAGCGCGUACCCCAGCAGCUGGACUGUAUCGCGUUUGACAGUCCCGAACUUCAAGACCGUCACAUUGUGUGUUUUACCCGGUAGUGUUCUCAGCUGUGAUGUCUGCUAAGGCCAUUUCUGAGCAGACAGGAAAAGAGUUCCUGUAUAAAUACAUCUGCACCACAGCAGCCGUGCAAAACCGUUUCUGCUGCGCCACCGUCACUGCAGACACUGACUGGAACCGCCUUCAGCAGGACCAUCCGUGGCUGCUAACAGAAAGGUUGGUUGUGAAGCCAGAUCAGCUGAUCAAACGCAGGGGGAAGCUGGGAUUGGUGGCAGUUGACCUGAACCUUGAGGGGGUCCAGGAAUGGCUGAAAUCUAAUCUGAUGACAGAAAUCACAAUUGGGAAGGCAAAAGGAAUCUUAAAGAACUUCCUCAUUGAGCCGUUUGUGCCUCACUUACAGGAAGAGGAGUUUUAUGUGUGUGUAUACACAAGCCGGGAAGGUAGUCAUGUGCUGUUCCAUCAUGAAGGUGGGGUGGACGUUGGAGAUGUGGACAAAAAAGCCCAGAGACUUUUGGUGGGAAUAGAUGAGAAACUCACGGAGGACAUGGUUACCCAGCAGUUACUUGUACAUGUUACAGAUGAGAAGAAAGAAGUGCUGGCAAGCUUCAUAGUGGGUCUCUUCAAUUUGUAUGAGGAUCUUUACUUCACAUAUCUGGAGAUCAAUCCACUGGUGGUCACUAAGGAAGGAGUGUACAUCUUGGAUAUGGCAGCCAAAAUUGAUGCUACUGCAGACUAUAUCUGCAAGCCCAAGUGGGGUGAUGUGGAGUUUCCUCCUCCGUUUGGCAGAGAAGCUUAUCCUGAGGAAGCAUACAUAGCAGAUCUUGAUGCUAAGAGUGGCGCCAGUCUGAAACUCACCCUGCUGAAUCCCAGAGGACGCAUCUGGACCAUGGUGGCCGGCGGCGGUGCAUCAGUGGUGUACAGUGAUACCAUCUGUGAUCUGGGUGGAGUAGAUGAACUGGCCAACUACGGGGAAUACUCUGGAGCUCCCAGCGAGCAGCAGACGUACGACUACGCAAAGACUAUCCUCUCUCUAAUGACCCAUGAGAAACACCCUGAUGGAAAGGUUUUGAUCAUUGGCGGCAGUAUUGCUAACUUCACUAAUGUAGCAGCUACUUUCAAGGGCAUUGUGAGGGCUAUCAAAGACUACCAGGGGCCCCUAAAAGAACAUGAGGUUACCAUCUUUGUUCGACGUGGAGGUCCAAACUACCAGGAAGGGCUGAGAGUGAUGGGAGAAGUUGGAAAGACUACUGGAAUUCCCAUUCAUGUCUUUGGCACAGAAACUCACAUGACUGCUAUUGUUGGCAUGGCACUGGGUCAUCGACCAAUCCCCAAUCAGCCUCCAGUGGCAGCACACACUGCAAAUUUCCUGUUGAACACCAGUGCUAGUGCAGCUACGCCAGCAAAAACCAGAAAUACUUCAUUCUCUGAACACAAACUGACCACAGAUGGCAUGACACCCACAGCAGGUGUUCCACGAGUUUCAUGGUCUGCAAUAGCCAUGUUUAAUGCAGUGGUUAAAGCUAAAGCCACAACUCUAUUCAGCAGGCAGACUAAGGCAAUCGUGUGGGGCAUGCAGACGCGGGCAGUUCAGGGCAUGCUGGAUUUUGAUUACGUGUGUUCACGUGAAGAACCCUCUGUUGUCGCAAUGAUCUACCCCUUCACUGGUGACCACAAGCAGAAGUUUUACUGGGGUCAUAAGGAGAUCUUACUUCCCGUCUGUAAGAACAUGGCUGAUGCUAUGAAGAAACACCCAGAUGUUGAUGUGCUCAUAAAUUUUGCCUCCCUUCGCUCAGCUUUCGACAGCACAAUGGAGACAAUGCAGUACCCUCAGAUACACACUAUAGCUAUCAUAGCUGAAGGCAUUCCUGAAGCUCUGACCUGCAAACUCAUCAAAACAGCCGAUGAAAAGGGUGUCACUAUCAUUGGACCUGCAACUGUUGGCGGUAUAAAGCCAGGCUGCUUUAAGAUCGGGAACACAGGUGGGAUGCUUGACAAUAUCCUGGCAUCAAAGCUGUAUAGACCGGGCAGUGUGGCAUAUGUGUCCCGCUCGGGAGGAAUGUCCAAUGAACUCAACAACAUCAUAUCGCACACUACUGAUGGAGUUUUUGAGGGAGUUGCUAUUGGAGGAGACAGAUUUCCUGGCUCUACAUUCAUGGAGCAUGUGCUGAGAUAUCAGGACACUCCAGGAGUCAAGAUGAUUGUCGUGCUGGGAGAGAUUGGUGGCACAGAAGAGUAUAACAUCUGUCAGGGCAUUGCAGACGGCAGAAUCACUAAACCAGUCGUGUGCUGGUGUAUUGGAACGUGUGCCACCAUGUUCUCAUCUGAGGUGCAGUUUGGCCAUGCGGGAGCGUGUGCCAAUCAAGCGUCAGAGACAGCUGUGGCCAAAAAUCAAGCACUGCAGGAAGCAGGUGCAUUUGUGCCCAAUAGCUUUGAUGAAUUAGGUGAUGUCAUCAAGUUUGUGUAUGAUGACCUUGUCGCAAAAGGAAUCAUUGUUCCAGCACAGGAAGUUCCUCCUCCUACCUUCCCAAUGGAUUACUCCUGGGCAAGAGAGCUGGGGUUGAUUCGUAAACCUGCAUCAUUCAUGACUAGUAUCUGUGACGAAAGGGGCCAGGAGCUCAUAUAUGCUGGUAUGCCCAUCACAGAGGUGUUCAAAGAGGAAAUGGGCCUAGGAGGAGUACUGGGCCUGCUGUGGUUUCAGAGGAGAUUACCACUUUACGCAUGUCAUUUCAUCGAGAUGUGUUUGAUGGUGACUGCAGAUCAUGGGCCGGCUGUAUCUGGUGCUCAUAACACCAUUGUGUGCGCUCGUGCCGGUAAAGACCUGGUGUCCAGUCUGACCUCUGGACUUCUGACAAUAGGAGAUAGAUUCGGUGGUGCACUAGACGCAGCUGCUAAACAGUUCAGUAAAGCGUUCGACAGCGGCCUGCUGCCCAUGGAGUUUGUCAACAAGAUGAAGAAAGAUGGUGUACUGAUUAUGGGCAUCGGGCAUCGAGUCAAAUCAAUCAAUAACCCUGAUAUGAGGGUGCAGAUCCUGAAGGACUUUGUGAAGCAGCAUUUCCCAUCAACACAGUUACUGGACUACGCCCUUGAAGUAGAGAAGAUCACCACCUCGAAGAAACCGAACCUUAUUCUAAACGUUGAUGGUUUUAUUGGUGUGGCUUUUGUGGACCUCUUAAGAACAUGUGGAGGAUUCACACGGGAUGAGGCAGAUGAGUUUGUUGAGAUCGGGACUCUUAAUGGAAUCUUCGUUCUGGGACGCAGCAUUGGUUUCAUCGGUCACUAUCUGGACCAGAAACGUCUGAAGCAGGGUCUCUACCGCCACCCGUGGGAUGAUAUCUCCUACGUUCUUCCUGAGCACAUGUCUAUGUAAACCUGGAACCUGUUAUAAGUAUUUUGGAUAAAUAUGUGGGAACAUGUUUAUUUUAUUACUUUAUCAUAGUGGGAAGGGGUAAAUUAUUCAGUCAUAACCAAAGAAACACACUAGCAAAAUACUGACAAAUAGUAGUUGCUAACGCUCAUGUUAAAGUAUGACAGUUCUCAGUUGAAUUUAUAAAACGGUUGCUUAUAAAGCAAGCUUCAUUUGUAUGGUACAGUGUCAUUGGCCAUCUUAUAUUACUAACACUUCAAUGCACCUUCCUUUGCUUUGGUUAUGAUUAACAAAUGAAGUAUCAUGUCUCUUCAGGCUGCCAGUUCUAAUAGUCUGAAUGAAGACACCACAGCCUGUAGAUGCAAAGCACCAAAUUCUAAAGCAUACUCUCAAAUGAUACCUGUUAUGAAAUGUUAGCGUAUACACCCUGAACCUUGAGUAAGCAAAGUGGAGGUUCAUACUAUAACAUUCAUCACUAUCUGGGAUAAAUGACUGCAACAGAAAAGUGAAACUAAAUUAGCUUCUAUGGUGUUGUUUUUAUGUGCAAAAUUCUAGUAUUUUUAAAAUAAAGCUCUUUAUUGGUUAUGUUGGACAAUUUUCAUAUGUUCUGCAGCAUUCACAAUUGGUCAAGGGUAAUCUCUUUAAUGCAAAAAACACUAUGGCAUUAAGUGCAUAUCAGAAUAAUCUAAAAUGUUGUGAGUGAAGUUACUGAUUCUAUCUUCACUAACAAAUUGAUGCCUUGCAAUGAAUUGGAGUCGUCGACAUGCUGCAUUUACAGAGGACUUGUUGAUGCUUGUGAAGAAAUGGAUACAGCUAAACAGGGCAACCAUCUAGGGUUUACAGAGAUUGGGCCAAAAAAAGAGAAAAUAUCUGGUGAGCAGCAGUUCUUUGGGUGGAAAUGCCUUGUUGAUGCCAGAGACCAGAUCAGACAUUUUGUCAGCUUGUCAAAUUGUGGCUUACCCUGGAGACACUUACAAGUAAUGUUUCUCCAGACCUAUUUUUUGAGUCAAACUCUCAGGAACAUUUUUCAUGUUAUUACCAUGAAUGAAAUUGAGAAAUGUUGAUCUUAUUUGAAGUGAAAUUUACAUAAAAUGUUGCUAUUUUAU